UCGAACUACCAAGGAUCGAAUAAAGGAGACGAUCAUGCCACCAGCAGAUGUUUUGAAGCUGGGCGCCAUGCUCUUCUGCUUGCUUCUUAUCAUUCCGCCGAUCUACUCAGCUCCUCUCUCCUCCUACCUGGUAUCGUCCUUUACCAGUCCUGACCCCACCCUGCCAUUCAACCACAUCACCAUCAACAACAUCACUGGAGAUGUCUAUAUAGGAGCACGGCAGAGACUCUAUCAACUCAGCUCAGACCUGACUCUCAAACACACUGUGGAUACUGGACAAUGCCCUUCUCCAAAUGAAGAUAAUAUCAAUAAUAAUAAACUGCUUGUUGUAGCCCCAUCACCUGAGGACAAGCUCAUCACAUGUGGUGGCUGUGAUGGUUACUGUGAGACAAGGAGCCUGACUCAUAUAUCACAUGAUGUAGUGAGGUAUGAAUCAGGUUAUGCUCGAAUUGUGACAACAUCAGAUGCACCCACUGUUGGAGCUGUUGUUUUAGGUGCUGAUUUUGUAGGGAAUGGCGAGGGUACUGUAGAUGGUGGAUUGUACUUAUUUACAGGGAACAGUGAUUCAUCUGUGAGCUUUCGAUCUGUCUCAAAGCACAGUCUUGUAGAUCUGACACCUGUACAACAUGUAAUAGCACCGGAAUCUUCUACCACACAGAACCUUUGUAAACAUUUGAUCACUUACAUGGAAUAUCUCUACUAUUUCAUCUUAAGGGGAGAUUCUGUAUACUUGGGGCGACUGUGUCGUAAUUCAUUAGACAUACAAUUUGCAUCCUACACAGAGAUAGAACUACAGUGUGGAUCUCACAAUGUGAUCCAGUCUGCUCAUGUCGGACCAGCAGGAUCCCAGCUAGCUGACUCAUUGAAUAUUGAGAGUACUGAUGACCUUCUGUAUGCUGUAUUCACAAGUGCGAGUUCAUCCGCUCUUUGUAUUUAUACGAUGAGUGAUGUCCUGCAGAGCUUUGAGGAUGCUGUCUUGGGAUGUAUCCAGGGAGACGAAAACGAAUUAGGAACAACAAACAUCUACCUUCGAGAGAGCUUGUGUAACUCAGUAAGUCAAUUGAAGUUCAAAGUAUAA